AUGGCUACUGCUCCGGUGGUUGUGCCUCGCAUGAAGCUGGGCUCGCAGGGGCUGGAGGUCUCGGCGCAGGGCCUCGGCUGCAUGGGCAUGUCAGUCGCCUACGGCGAGCUCAAGCCCGAGCAGGACUUGAUCGCGCUCCUUCAACACGCGAUUGCCGCCGGCGUCACCUUGCUCGACACAGCCGACGUCUACGGGCCUCACACCAACGAGAUCCUAAUCGGCAAGGCGCUGCAAGACGGCGUGAGGAAGAAGGUGGAGCUGGCCACCAAGUUCGGCGCUCUCGUCUUAGCCGACGGCAGCUGGGAUGUCCGCGGGGACCCAGCGUACGUGCGGGCGGCAUGCGAGGCCAGCCUCGCCCGGCUUGGUGUCGACUGCAUCGACCUCUACUAUCAGAUUCGUAUUGACAAGGAUGUCCCCGUCGAGAUCACGGUCAGAACCUACUUAUGUUCACGUCAUUUAAACAUUGAGAACUUCAUCAUGGGUGAGAUCAAGAAACUAGUCGAAGAAGGCAAGGUAAAAUACGUCGGGCUAUCUGAAGCAUCGGCGUCCACGAUCAGGAGGGCACACGCAGUUCAUCCUAUUACUGCCAUCCAGCUCGAGUGGUCCCUCUGGUCAAGAGACGUUGAAGAAGAUAUAAUCCCCACUUGCAGAGAACUUGGCAUUGGAAUUGUGGCAUACAGUCCACUGGGUAGAGGGUUCCUAUCCACUGGACCUAAACUGGUGGACACAUUAACAGACAACGAUUUUCGCAAGUAUCUACCACGAUUUCAACCCGAGAACAUGGAGAAGAACGCUGCCAUAUUCGAGCAUGUGAGCGAGAUGGCUGCCAGGAAAGGAUGCACGCCCUCGCAGCUCGCGCUGGCCUGGGUUCACCACCAGGGAGACGAUGUGUGCCCCAUACCUGGCACCACAAAAAUUGAGAAUUUCAACCAGAACGUGAGAGCUUUGUCUGUGAAGCUCACACCCGAAGACAUGGCAGAGCUCGAGUCAUUUGCCGCCAUGGAUGUUGUGCACGGUGAUCGCUACCUCAACAUUCACCCCAACACCUGGAAGGACUCUGAGACCCCUCCCUUGUCAUCAUGGAAAGCCACUUAGAUA